AUGUACGAGCUUACUGCCUCGUCGAGGCCUAUUGUUGCUACAGUCGGAUUACCUCUAUUGAAAUCUUUCAGACGCUUCCGCGAAGUCCAGCACCGCAUUCAGGUCAUCUUUUUUGUGAUUGUCCAUUUCGUCUUCGGGUUUGUGAGGUUUGAAGGUUUGCCUCCAAGCAUCAGCGAGCGAGAGGCUGUUGAAUCGGUUUUUUUGGCGGAGUGUUUGACGCUGUUGUCGAAGCCUUGGGCAGUCCACAAGCACGUCGUACGACAGUGCGACAGAAAUGAUCUGGGACAGAAAGAGGCUUGCAACAAAAUCAGCAGUGAGGCGGACGACGAGCUCCCACCUCCACAUGGUGUCCGCUGGGAACUCUCAGAGAAACACUCAACAACGCGAUUAUCCACCAUUAACGACGUGUCGAAGCGGCGGAAAACAAUCUCGGAACCUCAGGAAACACCAAACAUACAGCCCCAGCACAGAAAGGAAUUCGUGCCCCCUUUCAACGUACGCCCUUUGGACGGAAAAUGGACUUGGUCCCUCCACUCUCUUGCCCGACAACAGUUUACGGCAAUGGAGAUUGACAAUCACGCGAUAGAAAGCAGAAUAGAAGGGACGGAUAUGGUCAAUAACAAAACCACCAACAGCUUCGAACAUACCUUCAAGAACACGUCACAUUGA